AUGCUGAACCACCUCCCGGAGACAGUAAAGGAAGGAACUCUACUGGUGUCUUUCGAUGUGGUGAAUCUAUACACCAAUAUCCCACACGACUAUGGUAUUGAAGCAAUCACAUUCCGGCUAGAAAAAUACCCAGAAGCGAUCCCUGGACGCAUUAACCACAGUUUUAUAAUUGAAGCACUCAAAUUCAUCCUGCUGAACAAUUUUUUCAUGUUCGAUACAACCUACUAUCGACAAAAAUGUGGAAUUGCAAUGGGAACCAGAGCUGCUCCAUUGAUUGCAAACCUUGUAAUGAGUUACCUAGAACUCAAGUUAUACCAAUCAUCACUAGAAAAAUAUGGCGCCUCUUUUAAUUUCUAUUUAAAGGAGAACUGGAAGAGAUAUUUGGAUGAUUGCUUCAUACUUUGA